AUGGACAUUUCAAUGGAAACAAGAGGGAGAGUAAAGCUCCGUAAAACAAUGCCAGGAGAGAAGGCAAAGGACGCUGGUCUCACAUUGCCAGAGGAAAUGAAAAGGGCUAUGUUUGAGUGCCUUGAUCGUUUUCAUCAUGAAAUUCGUUCCCAGGCAAUUGAAAAAAUCCUUUUAAUGUUUGCUGUUAUUCAGCCAAACUCUCUGGUUGUGGCAACAGAGAAAGAUAUUCGUAAUUAUACUCCAAAAUUGACUGAGAUCUUUGACAAAUUCUCUAAUGAAGACAUGUUUAGGGAAAUUGAACGUCUUUGGAGGCAUUUGGAAGCUGCCAAGAUCAGUGUUGAAGAAGCAAAGAAAUGA